CCCAAAAUACUGAGGGAGUUAAUAGAAUAAUUAGAAAAUAUGAAAAUUGUAUUUAUUUUUUUACAUCUAAAUUUGUAUCUUUAAUCUUUUUAAAGCUUUGGAAAUAUUUUGCAUUACAUCACUUGCUCACCAAUGGAUCCUCUGCAGUGAUUUAGUUCAAACAGCUGUUAAAUACAAUCCACAAAUAAUUAAAAUGACAUUUUGCGAGGCAAAAAGCUGUGUGUUUGUUAUAAACAAAUUCUUCAUUAAGGCAUAACUUUAAACUAUAGUUUCUGGCCAAAUGAGUCCCUAAUCCGUAAUGACCUUCAUUGGAAAAUCUAUCCCCUGUUGUCGUCUCACAUCAAAGUCCACCCACAUGUUUGUUCAGAUUUGUUUAGAACCGUUUUCAUGUGUAAAUGGUGCUUGAUUACUCUCCUUAUUCAGAAUAGAUGACUUUUUAAAUGGGGAAAACAAUAUAAUGGACUCUCAAUAUAUUGUUUAAUAACUCAAUAUAAUGGAUAUUUCUUCCAGACAAAAGCAACAGUUAAAUUGAUUCAUUUCAAACAUGCAUGCUUUUGGUUCACAAGAAGUUAGUGGCCUGAGGGUUAGUAAAUAUCCCAUAAAUUGGUUUUUGCCAUUAACUGCAAAGGUUGUUUUCUGCGUACUAUUGUAUUUGACUUUGCUCAACACAGAGCAACAGCUACAUACUGUUUUUAAUAUUAUAAGUCAAAUUAAAAUAACUUUUCGUUCUUAUUAAGACUCUGCAAUUAUUUGCCACUCAUUAGCACAACGUAGUUAAAUAUAGCACGUUUUACUACUUAAAGAUGCUCCAGGCAGAUGUAUUUGACCCUUCUGAGGUGCUCAGCACCACAUUUUAAGAUGCUGUGUCAAAGUAAAAAAAGUUUGCCAUGCUUUUCAGGACUCUUUAGACGGACGGUGCUUCAACAGCUUUCGUUAACCAUCAACACAACGGUAGUAAGAAGGUUAAUGUAAAAAGGAAACAAUAAUAAAACAGAUAAACUGAAUUAGUAAUUUGGAUCACAGAAAGCACAUAACUGCCCGUUGCCAUGAACUAUGAAUGUGUGUGGCUGAGCAAACACACAAAGAGCAGGCGGAGGCUGCAUCUGCUGACGUACAGCCAGCGGCUGUGAGAGAGAGUCCGUUUGCUCUGAGCCUCUGAAUCACACAGCAUCUCUACAGAAGCAUCUCCAACAACCAGAGAAGCAGCACAGCAUUUUUGAAGCCAGCAUCUGGGGAACUGCAACAUCUGAUUCGUGAACUACACCUGCAGCUUUCAGAUUCCUUCAUUGCUAUUCAUCCCAUCAUCUGAAUCAGUUUUCUCCUCUUUCUAAUAUUUUUUCUGCUUUUAAAUUUUCUCUUUUUUUUCCCAUCCCUCACCUGUUAUCUGUUCUUCCCCAUUUAUUCAUCUUAAAAAAUCCUGAUGAACGACUCAUAUCUGCAGUUCCUUAAAGGACAGAAACCUGCAAACAGCACAUCUUUGCCCGCUAAUGGCAGCGGGGUCGAUUCUCCAGCGGGGGCGCUGUGUGAGCAGGUUCAGAUCCAGGCGGAGGUUUUUCUGACUUUGGGUAUUGUGAGUCUUCUGGAGAACAUCCUCGUCAUCGUAGCCGUGGUUAAAAACAAGAACCUUCACUCUCCGAUGUAUUUUUUCCUGUGCAGCCUGGCUGCCGCAGACAUGUUGGUGAGUGUUUCGAACUCUUUGGAGACCAUUGUCAUUGCCAUACUAAGCAGUCGCCUUCUGGUGGCCAGUGACCAUUUUGUGCGUUUGAUGGACAAUGUGUUUGAUUCAAUGAUCUGUAUUUCUCUGGUGGCAUCAAUCUGCAACCUCUUGGCCAUUGCCAUCGACCGCUACGUCACGAUUUUCUACGCCUUACGCUACCACAGCAUAGUGACCGUACGCAGAGCGCUGGUGGCCAUCGCUGCCAUCUGGUUGGUGUGUGUGGUUUGUGGGAUUGUCUUCAUAGUGUACUCAGAGAGCAAGACCGUGAUUGUCUGUCUGAUCACAAUGUUCUUUGCCAUGCUGUUGCUCAUGGCCACUCUCUACGUACACAUGUUUCUUCUCGCCAGACUUCACGUUCAGAGAAUCGCAGCAUUGCCCCCAGCGGCGGCCGCCAACCCGACCCCACGUCAACGCAGCUGUAUGAAGGGAGCCGUGACCAUCUCCAUCCUCCUCGGCGUGUUUGUGUGCUGCUGGGCGCCGUUUUUCCUCCACCUCAUUCUGCUGGUGUCCUGUCCGCACCACCCGCUCUGCCUCUGCUACAUGUCUCACUUCACCACGUACCUGGUCCUCAUUAUGUGCAACUCUGUGAUUGACCCCCUCAUCUACGCCUGCCGCAGCCUGGAAAUGAGGAAGACCUUUAAGGAGAUACUCUGCUGUUUUGGCUGUCAGCCUCCAGUUUAGACGAAUGCCUGAUUUGAAAAGAGACAAGAAAAGAAACUUGAUGUAAGAUGCCAAAGCGUGGUGGCCAUAAUGAGGGAAGAUAAGGACAAAAGCAAACACGCAGCAUUUAGAAAAAAAGGACUGGAAAUUUGUGGAACAUUAUCAAGGAUUUGGAAAGCUCAAAAAAAUAAGAGAACUGGGAGGAAGAUCGAAUGUGACCUGUCACUUGCUGAAAGGGUAGAUCGGUUAUAUGUUAGUCAUGUUAAUUAUGUGUAUUCAUUACGGAGUGGGGUUUGACAGUCUGAAAAUCUAGAAUUUCAACUCUCAUUAAAACCUUUAAAUCAAUGAACAGUUUUAGGAUUUAAGAAAAUUUGGUGAAAGACUGAUUAACAUGAAUGUGAAAAUGUUGAAAUGUUGCAUAAUUUGUAAGUUACCAUUCAAACCAGUGAAUUUGUGACAUUGCUCAUUUGACUUUUUCAGAAGCCAAAUGAGCAAUCAAUACCUAAAAAAAAAACAAGAUUGUUACACCUUUGGAUAAUUUAAAUGUAUACUGAGUCAGUUCAACGCAAACUUGUGGAGAUAAUGCAAGCUUAAAUAUUGAAGCCAUUAAAGCAAAUAGAGAGCAAACCAAAUAAUAAAACAGAUCAUUAGAAAAUCAUUAAUUUUGAAAUUUCACUUUUCACUCAAAUUAUUAGGCUUAUAAAACAGAUUAAAAUUAAAAAAGUUUUACAGUUUUUAAAGUUUUUACUUUUAGACCCCGCAGUAGCUGCGACGUAUUGAAAAUAUGUCUAGUUCAUUUAAUUUAGUUAUAGUGUUUUGUUUAAAGAUAGUGUCCCGAGCCCUUUUGGUGUGUAAAUGCCUCUGUUCAAAGCUGCUGAAGUAGAAUCUAACAGUCUAUGGUAAAACAUCAAAAACAUUGGCGCACUUCCUAGGUGACUGUCUGUCUGUCUGUCUGUCUGUCUUUUUGAGGUGUCACCAAUUUUGUUUUUUUUCAUAGCUGUCAGAAUCAAAUUCAGCUUGUACUAUCUCCAGUUAGCAACGACAUUCAGUCAAACUUAGCCCAAAGGCUGCAGUCAGCAUGCGUCAAUCUUUUAGCUGUCAUUCUAAAAUUGCUCAGUUUUUGCCUUUCAGUGGUGGAAUGUAACUAGGAUCUCAUCAUUUGUUUUUUUGUCAGCAGUACAGUUCUACGCAACUGAAAUUGCCCUCGUUUUAUUUCCUUUUAUUCAGAAGUGGAAAAGAUAGAAGUGGACAAGACCAAAAAGAUCACAAACCAGGAUUUGAACUCAGGUCACCCAAAGCACAACUUCAACCUGUUGUCUCUGACUAUCCCUCUUAUUCCCUUAAACAGCAACAUAGUCUAUCUUUUUGCUUGUCUAGAGGUUUAGGUUUGAUACUCUGCUUGUUUUGCUGACCUGUUUUUCAAACUGUACUUGCAAUCUGUGAACGCUAUUAUUGCAUGAGCUUUAGCACGUGACUUAUAUCUGUGGACACAAUCUCCAGCAAAUAUCUA